ACCUCCCGCUCGACUCAGCAUCGAUCUUUUGAAGCGGAAGUGUCGUCAAGCAGAAUCUCGAGCGCGUUCCGAAUCACGUGACCAAUGAGAGCGAGAGGUGUCGAUACGUCACGUGACUGCCGAGCGACUUAAGUGCAGUAUGAACGGACGGUUGUUUUAAUAUGUCAGAGCUUUAUAAACGUGGCAAGCGGUCCGGAGAUGAUCUAUAAGAUGAUAGAUGAUCUAUAAGAUAGACAGGUUUCACAUUUCAGACAUCUGUAAUGUAUUUAUGACAAGUUCAAAAUGUAAUUAAAGACUAAAACUACAUUUUGACAAGUCGCAAUUCCAAUACAAAUAUCUUUAUUAGUCAGACAUCAGUGCCGUGCAAACGGCUCCUCUCUAAAGCUGGAGAGGUGGUGAGAAUGUGAUUAAAGUCAUGUUCUGUGGAAAAAUAAAAUGAAAUAAAGGUCUUUGAUUAAACUAACUGACAAACAUGUCUCCUCAACGUAGUAAUAAACAGAGUUGCAGAAGAACAAAUACAGCUCUAAUAACAUCGGACAUCAAACAUGUUUGCCACAUCAAGGCUACUUAUACAUUAUUAUCCAGAGAGAAACACAAUUACACACCUUUGAUUAAACAAGUUUUAUUUGACAAUAAAACAUAGACUGUGGUCCUGAACAAUCACGUAUCAGCGAGGGUUUGAUGGUCAGUCUGCUCAAGCAGUUCUCAUGCACAACCAGCAGAUGUCGCUGUUGUGACUGUGUCGUGAUGGUGUCGAGCAAUGUGUCGAUUUCAGCCCAACUGUAUCAUAGUUGCUCAGUGAUUCACGAGGCUUCGAUUUCGCCAUCUCUAAGACAGGCAAGGUUCAACAACAUAUUAAUCACGGCUACAGUACCAGUCCGGGUUGAGUAGAAGUCGGCGGUCAGAAGUGCGGAACAGGAUCGGAAACGAGAUGAGCUGAACUGGUAUCUGAUGCAACGUGACGACUUGUAUUCACAACGAUCUGGCAACUGGCUAUGGAGGAGGGUGGCAGCAGCAGGAGGAUAGUUUGUCCUCUGGACCCCAAGCAUACCGUGAGUGAAGACAAACUGGACAAACACCUGAAAAAAUGCAACAACAGAAGCAGAGCCAAACCUGUUUAUUAUGUGGAGAACAUUAAUGCUGGAGUAGCUGAUGGACAGAAGAUGCUGCAACAGGUGAGUCUGUGUGAUUUCAGCAGGAUGCAGUUGGAGAGUCUGGUGAACAAACUAAAGUCUGCAUUCACAGGGCUGCAGUGUGAUGUGGAGGACAGAGUUCUGUCUCACCCCGUCCUUCACGAAGAACUCCACAACCCAAAGAACGGAGUCUCGGCCUACAAACACCUCAAACAACAGUCCUCUAUCUUAGGUCACCUGGAGGCGAUGGGGCUGCUGGGGAAUGGACGGUGCUUUGUGGAGUUUGGAGCAGGUCGAGGGAAGUUGUCUCAUUGGAUCCAUGAGGCUCUGAAGACCCAGGACUACCCACAGACUGGUAGAGAUCUGCAGCUGGUUCUGGUGGAGCGCUGUAGUACCCGCUUCAAGGUGGAUGGGAAACAUCAGGAUGUUGGGGUUCAUUUUGAGAGACUGCAGGUUGACAUUCAGCAUCUGGAUUUAAGUAAAGUCACAUUCAUCAGACAGAAGAAUCUGCCAUUAGUUGGAGUUGGAAAACAUCUGUGUGGAGCAGCGACAGAUCUGGCUCUGCGCUGUUUGUUGGAAACAGCAGAACGCAGAGGAGGUACCAAACCACCACAAAAAAACCUCAGAACAUCUGAACUAGCUGCUGAGCCGGACUCUGGACCAGCCCCUGAUGGUGUAGACGUGGUUGCUGGCUCUGACUCUGGCCUUGGACCGGUACUUGGCCUGGCAGUGGCCCUUUGCUGUCACCAUCGAUGUGACUGGCUUCACUAUGUCGGUCAACAGUUUUUCCUGCAGCGAGGACUUGGUCCUGAAGAGUUCUCAGCUUUCUGUCGAAUGUCUAGCUGGGCUACAUGUGGUCGCAGACAGACCAAUCAGAAUCGGAUCAGUCUGAGGGGAGAGGAUGAGGAACAUGAACCAGCAGAUGAAAAUGACACAGUGGCUGGGUUUCUGUCAGCUCCGGAGCGCGAGCACUUUGGCCGUCUUUGCAAACUCCUGAUUGACUGCGGCAGAAUUCACUUCCUGCAGAACAGAGGGUUUGACAGCAAACUGAUGCAUUAUGUCGACUCCCAGGUCACACUGGAGAACAUGUUGCUGACGGCACAGCCACGGACUCAGUCCUCACACCAAGGAUGAAGCAAUAUGGUUGAAAUGUUUUUAAUAAAGUUUGAAUCUUUAAUAUAACAAAACUCAGUUUCAGAUACAACAGUUACGUCUAGAGAACUUUGACCAUGCUAACAAUUGUGGUGAAUUCUUAAAAAAACAAACUAUCCAUUUAAUAAUAAAUAAAGGGAACAUCAAUAAUAAUAAUAAAACUUUAUUGAUCCCACGUUGGGGAAAACGUGGAUACCAAAACCUUCAGGCAAUAUUGUGUUUCAGUCACUCACUCAUUUAAAUACUAAUAAAUCCUAAACUAUGCAGUAAAAGUACACAGCACUUCUAGUAGAACAAGGGAAAGUGAUCUGGGUCUGGCAUUAUGCACCAGAGUCAAGUUAUUCACUGUCAAAGUUGACUAUUACAGUAUAACAUGAUACUUUCAAAAUGACUAAAUCCCAAAAUAUACAGUAAAAGUGCACAGGUGUGGCUAAUAAACACUAAAAUAUAAGUA